GUGGGCGUGGCGUUUAUUCGGGUUGGGAGAAAAGCAAAACAAUCCUUUCAACUCGAGUCCCUUUACCGGCUGCAUUCGGUUUGUUUUAGACUUGGUAGUGCAGUUUUGUGUUCUCAGUCGAAAUAACUGCAGUCUGUAGUCAGGACAGUGAUCUUAAAUGUAUCUUUUCCUGUUAGAUUGUAAAAUCUGUCAACAUCUUAUGCUUCUUUAGAUUCAUUUGGCCUGUUUGAAAAUGACUUCGAAGCGCCUCCUCGAUAAGACUUUAGCCGGCGUGAGAGGGACCGGCGCCGGUAACAUCGUGUACGGGGGAAACUACUGCACUAAAACCAACGAGCAUAUUUCAGCGAAGGCAGGCGGAGUUUUAACGAGAAAGAAAGCACCCGCAACGGUAAACGGGUUUGACACCCAAAUAGUGGAUACUUGCCCCUUGCAAGAGCUUAGCAAAGAAACCUGUCCUAAUGGAAACCAUCGAGAGAAACACAACACCAAAAAAAAGGCCAUCUAUGCAAGUGAGGAGGAGGAGCGGGAGGUGGGUCCAGGGGAGGUCCUGAAGUGCAACAAUUGUACUCAUCGCUUGAGCCUAACUGGACAGAGGCAAGAGGACCACAUGCAAGUGGACUCCUUAAAUUCGUUAAGGAGCAUGUUGCCACUGCAUGUUACAGAUGUUUUAGCGGAGGAGAUCUAUGCAUCCUCUCAUAUCCCCGUCCCUCGCAACAGGAAGCCCUCAGGCCAUGCUGAUAAGGAGGUGAUGGCAGCUACUGUCUUGACCACUCUGUCCACAAGCCCGCUGGUGCUCAACCCUUCCCCUGGUGCCUCAGCAGUGGAUACUGAAUGCAAAGCUCUCUGGGCCCUGCUGGCAGGUGGAGUAUCUGAAACAUCCUGCCGGGGAUGGAAGGAGAGUCUGUCAGCCAGCUACAGCAGCUCUACCAGUGGCAACUGGAGCUGGGAUGCCAGUGACCAGUCAGUGCCCUCCACACCAUCCCCACCCCUGUCCACUGAUGUCAGCAAGAGCUUCCUGAUCUACUCACAGGGGGAGGACAACAUUGAGGAGGCAGAGAGCACCCACUUCCUGUUUGAGGACCCUAUUCCCCGGAAACGGAAGAACUCCAUGAAGGUGAUGUUCAAAUGUUUGUGGAAGAAUUGCGAAAAGGUCCUCAGUACUUCCUCAGGGAUCCAGCGACACAUCCGCACCAUACACCUGGGGCGGAAUGGAGAUUCAGAAAACAGUGAUGGUGAGGAGGACUUCUACUACUCAGAGAUUGAGGUGAACAUGGACACUCUAACUGAAGGGCUGUCAAACCUCACACCGACCUCACCCACCACCAUUUGCCCCCCUCCUGUCUUUCCACUUGGCAGUGACAUGGCACAAUCCAAAUCUGCCACUGUAAUCAACAGUCCGCUCAGCCAGUCCGCUCCCUCCACACUGUGCCACAUCCGUACUGACCAUGCCUACCAGGCCACUGCUCCUGUCAGCAUUCCUACCGUGUCAUCUGAGCCUUUGAACAGCCACAGUGCAAUCAGUGUUUCCUGGCAGUCACCUUCCAUUAUCUUUAAAAGCCAACCAGGUGCUCAUGUUGGCAUUUUGAGCAGUGGGGAGAAGAGACAGCCUGUUACACACACCAUCAGCAAGACACAUACCACCACCAUAUCUACACCAAAACCCAGCACUGGAACCAGAAAACCCCGGGGCGAAGCAAAGAAGUGUCGCAAAGUGUAUGGAAUGGAGAAGAAAGAUCUGUGGUGCACAGCAUGCCGCUGGAAGAAAGCUUGUCAACGCUUUACUGACUGAUUUUGCCCUUUCUCUUACAAACAUAACAGCUCUACUCACAUCAGUGUCUGAAACACUGUUUCAUUUUGACCCCCUCCUUAUGCAUCAUAAAGGAUUCCAUUCCCUGAGGACUCUCACAGUAGGGUAAGGGGCUUUUUUAGCAAGUGAGCUGUUUUGUGUUCUCCACACCACAGUGAACAGUGGAACACAUUUCACUCUCGAGAAACAUUACAAAAAAAGGAAAAAAUUUGAAAAAAAAAAUAACACAAUAUGCAUUAGCUUUUGCAGCACUACUCUGAAGCAAGAUUGUUUUUUUGUUUUUUUUUCUUUUCUUUUUUCUUUUCAGGCAAAUAAUUUGAAAAAUACAAGGAAAAAUAAAAGUAUAGACACAUAAUGGAUAUACACACUCCUGUUAAAGUGGCAGUGUUUUUGUAAUGUAAAAAAUGAAAUAACUUUUGUGAAAUUAUAGCCUAUAGAAUUUGUGAAAAACAAUCAGAAACUGUCUUAGGGAAGAUGAAAAGUUACAAUUACAAUUGCCUACUUGCAAACUAAUUAGUACCCUAAACUGAUGCUUUGUUGAAGCACAUUUUGAUUUUAUUAUACCACUCACUCCGAGCCUCUCAGUGUGGCACUAGUUGACUUGCCAAUAUUUUCCUGAGCCUUCUUGCAAAAACAUUCUAUAUCCAUCAAAUUGUUAGUGCAUGUCCUGUGUGCAGCCCUCUUCAGUUCACCCAACAAUUUUAUGAUAGAUGGGAAUGGGAAAUUUACGACCAUAUUUCAUUUUACCGUAUCAUUUUGGGUAAUUUAGUUGAGCUUGGAUGUUGGAUUUUGUGAGAAAGGGGUUCUGUCUGUCUACUCUACCCUGUAGCCCAUACAUGAAUAUGAUCUCUAGGACAUAUCUAGAGUAAUCAGUAAUCAAACAUUCGUGCUGCUCCUUUAAUGUUGCCAUAGGUCCCUUAGCAGUCUCCAUUGGUACCUUUUUGUCUUGUACUUUUUAAAAAAAAUGUCCUACUCUUAAUGAUGUCGAUGCGGUCAUCCAUUUUCUUUAUUUGUUGAUGAUGGCCUUUAAUUCAAUUCAAUUCAAUUCAAUUUAUUUGUAUAGCGCCUUUUACGAUGGUCAUUGUCUCAAAGCAGCUUUACAAAAGAAGAGAAACAGAGAAAGGAGAAAAAAAGUUAUUAAAUUAAAUUCUUAAGUUAUAUUAUCCCUAUUCUGUCCCUAAUGAGCAAGGCUGCGGUGAUGAUGGCAAGGAAAAUCUCCCUGUGGUGAUGUGAGAAAGAAAUCUUGCUACAUGUAGUGUUUUGUAAAUCCUUUUAUCCCUCUCCCAAUUGACCAACAAGUAGGAUUCCAUGUAUGCAUUCUAAGCAGAAGAAUGCAAAAAGAUUGGAAGAAAAUACUAUAUAAACAGCUGAUUGUUAUUUGUGGUUAAUAAUUUAAUUUAAUUAAUAAUUUCUGAUAUAUGACAACUGUAUGAUUACUUCUGAACAUGAGAUUGAAUGUGAUUCUGCAUACAGCCACACACCCAAUUAUAAAUGGGUGUGCACAAUUAUGCAACUAGGCUAUUGUUUUUAACAUUUUUAUUUUUUACUAAGAUGUUUCUGAAUUUUUUCUUUUUUCACUUUUUUAUAUGUUGUAAUUUCACAUUAAGGAUGGAAAAGGUUUAUCCUUUUUUUAGAUCACAAAAACCUGCUUUUUAAAGGGUGUGUAGACUUUAUAUCCAUUGCAUAUCCAGUUCAUUUUAUAGUCAGCUGUUUCAACAGGGCUACACUUCAUGUGUCAACCUCUGAAAGUGCUUUGAAUCUAAUUUCUUUAACCAAAGGUGAGUCAAGAAUAUAUCCAGAAUUCUGCUUUCUCUGGAGUUUAGGCUUUAUUUAAAUUUCAGUUUGGAUUUUUUUUUUUUGCCUUACCCAAACAGAUAAAAACCAUCUGCUGAAUAUAAUUGAGCUAACUGAAAAUAACUGAUAUCAUGGCUAUCGUGAUGAGGGAGCAAAUGAUGCUCGCAAGUUACAUGUAGCUUUAACCAUGAAAAGAAAGGUUAUUUCAGGAUUUGACCAUUAUUAUAGUCAAAUCAGCAUACCUGUUAGCCUUUUUACAAUAUCUCCAGACACCUUUUAAAUGUAUGUGGUUCAGACUUCUCUCAUGUUUGUUGAAAAAGUAAAUCAGCUUUCAUAAAAAUAUGGCUCAUUUUCUGAAAACAAAAAAGUGCAAAUAGAUCUCAAUUAUUUUUGAUAAACUGGUAUUUUUGUAGUGAACAACAAUGUUAAUUCCCAGGUGAGCAUGUUGACAGAUACAGCUCACUGUAGAACGUGAUUUAUAGAUAAUGUACAUAUAAGUAUAACUGUACUCCACUGUGAUCUUAUGAAUUGGUUAUAAGCAGGCCAUAUUCUACUCGCUGACCAAACAGGACUUUUAAUAGUGAGUGGCCACUAUUUAGUCCAAAACUAAACAUGAGACCACAGUCUCAGCCUAAAAUCUUUAGAUUUUUACAUAUAAAUACGGCCACAGAUUUAAAUGGUGAUGGAGCUUUUCCAGGCAAAUACUGUUAGAGUACCUCUUUGAAUGUAGACAUUGCCAUAUAUUCCACUGUGCUUGCUCUUCUCACACACUUUCUUUCUUUUUGCUGCCAGUCAGACCAGCAUGGCUGCAAAUGAUGACUGUUCACUUGUGACACACACACAGGCAGGGGUGCCAUUUCCCCCAGCUCUAAAAAUAUCUCAGUGAUUUCACUAAACAGAGCUCCUGUUGAUAUCCUGAAGUAAACUCUUUUAAUGAUCCAAACAUUAAUAUUGCAGUUAUUUGCUUCUUUACAUGUCAACAUGUCCAAUCUAAGCACACAACAGCCUGAUCUUUGUUUGCGGUGGAAAAGAAUGGUUCCCUCUGGUGGUUGUAACUUUCACUAAGUGCCAAUGAGAAGAACAAAGAGGUUUUUUUUUUACUAAAAGAGAAAAAAAAAACUAAAAGAUUUGCACUAACUUGUACUGCACACAAACAUUAUUUUUAUGUGGCAUUUUUUAUAUGGAUAAAUUGAUGCUUUUAAAAAAAGAAAACUUUUUUUGAUUAUACAGUCACUGGUCUUACUUUUGAAGUAUAGGUUCAGGGAUGGAAGCUACACACAGGCUCCACAACAAUAAGCUUAACCGUAAAACUUUCUUGGCAGUACCAACAUCAUGGUAUUAUUGUUAUUGGAUUGACCUGCAUUUCCUGUUGUCCAGAGCACCUGUAUGUGGAGUGUCACUGCUUGUAUUCCUCUUUUCUGUUGAUCAGACACAGUCAGCUUUCAUCAAAACAUCUCUUCCUGAGAAUCCUUCUUCAGUUUUGACACAGAGAUGAGGAAAGGUUUUAGACUUGCAAAGUCAAUGACCAGAACCCAAUGAGAGAGAUAGAGAGAUAGAUAAAGAUAGAUAGAUAGAUAUGGUGAUUGAAUGCAGCUGUUGAGGAAGGGCUCGAUCAGAAAAAGGGGCAAUGAAGCAUAAUGCAGUGACACUUCAAAUGCAGGUAAGCGUUGUUCAGUUUCAGGGUUGUUCAUAACCUGAUAAUGCAGUUGUCCAAAUUGUUCUUCUUCUUUUUUUUCUUCAUUUGCCAUGACUAUUUUUAUAAUACAAAGUAGAAACUUAAAAUGGUAAGAAAAUGUUUUGUUAACUGAAGAUUUAGUGAAGAUACAUUGUAAUUCAACAUUGUGUUGGGGUACAAAUGGAAAAGCAAGAAUGAAUGUAAAAUAUUCAAAAGGAAGCACCUAUAAACACGCAUCACUGUUCAUAAGGCUGCAUUCUGUUAUCUCAGCGACGUUCACAGUCGGAGACCAUAUCUAUAUGUUUUCAAUGUAAAAGACCUAAAGCUUUCAUGACAUGACAUGACUUAUAGCGCUGUUUGGUAGCAAGAGAACUAGAACUGUUUUGUUGUAAAUAGAAUGCAGUUUAAAUCUCACAGAAUGCAGCUUUAACUUUCAUUUACCAUUUCUACAGCCUUGCAUUAUGCACAUCUUUUAUCACUUAUUUUUUAGCAUAACAAUAGUCAGAACCUAUCAGUGUUUUGCUUCAGAUUUAUUUUUCUGUUUUCAGCUCAAAUGCUUUAAAUCUGUUCUUACACAUUUUCUCUCUCCAAAUAGUUUUUUUUUUGUUUCUUUUCUGUGAGCUUAAGUCAAAGUGUAUAUUUGUGUAUUAUUGCCAGGCAGGAGAUACUUAAACUAGUGAAUUUCUUUUUCUGCAUUUUAAGUUGUCCUGUCCUGCACAUUCCGACAGACUGCUUAUUUGUGUGUUUGUCUGUCUCCUCGGUCAUAUUGUCACUGUUUGUCUGUCUGUCAGGCCUUACCCAGGAAAUUAAGCUAAACACCCAAUAAAUGUGCAGUUUCUCUUUGCAUUUAAAAACUUUUUUUUUUUUUUUUUAGAUAUUACAGAGCAAAUAGAAUGUAAAGAAAUGUAACAGAGCAAACAUCUUUCUAUGCUAAACAAAAACACAAAUGUGGAAUCAUUUUAAUGAGCACAGUCUUUGUGUCAUUUGCUUAUGAUCUUUUUAUUUUUAUUUUUUUUCUUUCUUUCUUUCUUUCUUUCGUUCUUUUUUUUUUUGUCAUGACCCUGUUGGCCUUUUUUUCCUCUCUCUUCAAAGUUUUCACUGGUCUGUUUGGGUUGAUAUUUUCUGCAUGUCUUCUGUACGGUCUCACUUUAUUGGAAACAUUUUUGUGUUGUGUCUAAAGUUCACUGUUGUGAGCAAAGCGUGAAAGACAUGAUUGUGUGGAUGGAUAUGUAGCUUAUGUUUGACAAGCUCCAUGAGGAAAAUAUGAUUUAUAUGGAUGUAAUGUGAUUAAAUCUAGAUUUC